AUGAAGUCCACUCUGAUGUCGGUCGGCCUUUUGGCCUGGCUGAUUUCCCUGGUCUCUGCGACUGCCUUGACCUACAAGCUCGGUGCCAACGAGCAGGCCUGCUUUUACGCCAUCUCCCCCAAAGAGAACACCAAGAUGGCCUUUUACUUUGCUGUCCAAUCUGGUGGUUCUUUCGAUCUCGAUUACGAAGUGACCGGCCCCGAAGAGAAGAUCAUCCUCUCUGGUGAAAAGGAGCGCCAGGGUGACUUUGUCUUCACUGCGCAACGAGCUGGAGACUACAAGUUCUGCUUCAACAAUGACAUGAGCACAUACACUGAGAAGAUUGUCGAUUUCGAGAUUGCUGUCGAGGAUGAAGUUCGCGCCCAACUUCCCGCCAAGCAGGGCACAAGCCCCGAGCAGACUUCGGCAUUGGAAGAAUCCAUCUACAAGGUCUCUGGACAGCUUUCGACCAUUACCCGAAACCAGAAGUACUUUAGAACAAGAGAGAACCGCAACUUCAGCACUGUCCGCAGCACGGAGAAGAGAAUCGCCAACUUCAGCAUGAUCCAAUGCGCCAUGGUCAUCUGCAUGGGUGGUCUGCAGGUCUUUGUUGUUCGAUUCUUCUUCCAGGGCGCAAGAAAGGGAUACGUAUGA